UGGCUAGUCUCCAACUUUCUCAUCUAUUUAUAAAUCUCUCUUCAUCUCCUUCUCUCUUAAACCAAAAAUUUUCUCUGAUCAGCUACAACAUCAAGGAUUCUAUUAACUUUGAUUAAGCUCUUCCAAUUUCAUUUUUGUUUCAACUCUAUAUACAAGGCUAGCUAGGCAUUAAUUGAUGAUGACGAUAAUGGAAAGCAGCUUAGGAGACAUGCUAUUGAAGAUAGUCAUGUUUGCUGUGGUGCAAGCGCUGGUUUAUAUCAUACUCUCAAAAUCAUCCAACAUCUUCUCCAAGACAGUUAAAAGAACAUAUAGCUUCAGGCCAGCGCGGUCUGUUAGUAUUCGCCGGAUUCUUGCCGUUCUAGAAGACAUGCCUGCCGGUGGUGAGCUAUCUCCUCCUCCAAAGAAUUCACUAUCAUCUUCAACUGUGGAAAGGUCAAAGGGCAAAGAUCAAAGGUCGUAGUCGCCAAAAUGGAUCUUGUCCAAAAUUAUGCGUCUCUUGAAUCUUGAUUUCUUGGAAAGUUUUAUAGUUAAUUUGUAUUGUUUGUGUAUAACUGUAUUUGGAUGAUUCUUUUGUUCAUUGAUCUCUGCUAUUGUAAUCUUUAUAUAAGAUUAGAGUUCCUAUUGAUAUAUACAUGUAAUUUAAGGAGUCUUUUGCUUAUUAAUGGUUUUUUUUUUUUUUUU